GUGGGGGUGUAGGGCGGUGGGGGUGUCCGGGGCCGUGUCCAGGCGUCCGUGCUGGUCCGUGUGUCCCGGCCGGCGCGCCGGAAGCGAGGCUGCGGCGGGAACAGGUGCUGCUGAGGCCAUGGAGGACGACGAAUUCGGUGGAUUUGAGGCUGCAGAGACUUUCGAUGGUGGAGAUGGUGGAACCCAAACAACGUCUCCCGCCGUUCCUUGGGCCGCCUUUCCCACAGUGUCCGGAGUCCACCUUCCACCGUCUCCGGAGACCCUUCUGGACCGUGAACACUCUUCUCCUUCGAUUGGCUGCCUCCCCUCUGAUGCUGCCAUCACGUCACCAGGCAACACCCACGCAGACAGCAGCAUUGUGAGUCAGCCCGCCCCCCAGGCUCAGAUAAGAAAGGGAGCGACGCACACUCACCUGGACAUCCCGCUCUUCCCCCUGGGCUUAACGGACGAGACGAGCCAUGGCGCCGCUGCCCCCGAAGAAGCUGAGGACUCCGCCGUCCACGCAUCGAACACUCAGCUUCAGCAGAAAAUCUCAAGUCUGGAGGCGAAACUCAAAGCCUCCGAGGAAGAAAAGCAGAGGAUUCGAAAGGAUGUGGAGUCGUUAAUGGAAAAGCAUAGUGUCUUGGAGAAAGACUUCUUAAAAGAAAAAGAACAAGAGGCCAUUUCUUUUCAAGAUAGAUACAGAGAACUUCAGGAAAAACAUAAACAGGAAUUGGAAGACAUGAGGAAAGCUGGUCAUGAGGCCCUUAGCAUCAUUGUGGAUGAAUACAAGGCACUACUGCAGUCUUCAGUUAAGCAACAGGUAGAAGCUAUGGAGAAACAAUACGCCUCUGCAAUUGAAAAACAAGCCCAGAAGUGUGAGGAGUUGUUGCACGCUCAGCAUCAGCGACUCCUUGAAGUGCUGGAUACAGAGAAGGAACUGUUGAGGGAAAAAAUAAAGGAAGCUUUGACUCAGCAGUCUCAAGAACAGAAGGAGAUUUUGGGGAAAUGUUUGGAGGAAGAACUGCACAGGAGCAAAGAAGCAUUAGAAUCAGCCGCAAAGCUGGAGCAGGAAGCAGUGAAGGACUUAGUCAUGAAAGCCGUAGAAGAAGAAAGAAGACAUCUGGGGAAAGUCCAUGCUGAAGAAAGGGAGUUAUGGAAGGCGGAACAUGCAAAAGACCAAGAGAAAGUAACUCAGGCAAUCCAGACAGCGGUGCAGGAGCAGCGGCAGCUCAGCCAGGAAACCGUCAAGGCAGCACUAACGGAAGAGCAGAAGCGAAGUGAGAAGGCCAUGGAGGAGGCAGUGAGGAGAACCAGGGAUGAGCUGGUGGAGUACGUGAAGGAGCAGAAAAGGCUUGACCAAGUCGUCCGGCAGAGAAGCCUAUCCAGCCUGGAGCUCUUCCUGUCCUGCGCUCAGAAGCAGCUCAGUGCCCUGAUUGCCACGGAGCCCGGGGACAUCGAAUAAAGAGAGCGUGGCAAGCAUCCUACCCUGGUAUCGGGUCAUUCACUGACGUCUAAACUAUAUGCUGUGAAUUUAGAAUGAAUGAUGCUUUUGGUUGGUU